GCAUCACCAUUUGUCACUGCACUCUCUGCACUCACACACACGCACCAGUACAAAUCAUCUCUUUUCUCUGUUUUACUCUCUCUCUCUCUCAACUGCUGUUGUCUGUUGCUUGUUUGUUUGUUUGGCGAUUUCCUGUUUCUCCCUUCAUUGAAAUCGCCCUAUAUCCCAACGCUCUGACACCGCUACGCUAUUCGAGCCUGCCGUUUUCUGUCCUUCUCUUCAUCUCUCCCGAGCUUAGCGACUUCAUCGACAUUUUAUUUACCCACCGAGGCAGACACAGACGCACACACGGAGAAGAAUCCGAUCCAUCAUGUCCGGCCACCACCACACCAACGAUCCGAACCUCACCCAGAACCAGGGCAACAUGCUCGGUGACCGCCCGUGCGUCCGCCAGAGUCGUCUCUACCGAGAAGGCUGCAGCGGCAACGCCAUGAAGGAGUUGAUGGGGCAGCCCGAGCUGGCCUGGAAGACGGACCAGACGGAGGGCUGCUACGGCGGCGGUAACGUGUACGACCACAACUCCGCGGACCACAAGGCGGUGCGCAAUGGAUCCGCGAACAACGCCUACGGGCAGGGUCCGCAGAACCAACGCCAGUCCUUCCAGCAGGAUUCUCCCCAGCAGCAGCAGCAGCAGCAGCAGCAGCAGAGGCCUCAACAACAACAGCAACAGAGCUUCCCUCCCCAGCAGCAACAGCAGCAGAGGGCUCAGCAGCAACAGAACUAUCCUCCCCAACAACAGCAGCAGAGCUUUCCUCCUCAGCAACAGCAGCAGCAGCAGCAGCAAUCACCGACGGUCUCUGCAAGCACCGGCCGCGGUUUCCGCCCGGGUGCGGGUUACGCCAACCGACAGACAUACAACAUCUUCACCGGCGAGUAA